GGAAUCCGUGAUACCGAAACGUGAUAUAUUCUUCAGAUAUUUCUACAAAAUAAAAUGCUCCAUCACCUCGAGAUAUUAAAAAGAAAGAGAUGAUACGUACCACCGAGCACAAUGGCGUCGCCGCAAACCCCGCCUUGGAUAUAAAUCCCCUCACCCUCUUCGAAAUCGCGAAGAAAGAAAAAAGACCCCUCUAUACCUGCGCGCCCAUGGUACGCUACAGCAAACUUGCUUUUCGAGAAACCGUUGCGCAGUAUGGAGUGGAUCUUUGCUGGACCCCGAUGAUUUUGGCAAAAGAAUUUAAUCGCAGUGUUUUUGCACGUGAUUCUGACUUCACAACCUCCCCCACCUCCGGCCCAACCAUCGCCCAAUUCGGCGUCUGUUCUCCCCUCGAAAUCUCCCGCUCAACCACCCUCCUCGCCCCCUACGUAAAUGGCGUGGAUAUCAAUUGCGGAUGUCCACAAUCAUGGGCAUGUGCCUGUUCCAUCGGCGCCGCACUAAUGCACAAACGAGAACUCGUUGCGGAAAUGGUCAAGGAAGCAAAAAGUGCACUGAAGAGAGAUGGAUUUGAGGGAAAGAAAACAGUUAGUGUUAAGAUUAGAAUCCAUCGGGACUUAAGAGAGACGAUAGAUUUCAUCAACACCGUGCAAGACGCCGGCGUAGACUUCAUCACCAUCCACGGACGCAUGCGCUCGACUCCCUCGUCGCACCCUGUAAAUCUCGAAGCUAUAAAACUGCUCACCACGCACACCACCGUUCCUACCCUCUCGAACGGUGAUAUCUUCACCCUCUCCGACGCCUUCCAUCAUACCUCCCACACUGGUGUUUCGGGCGUCAUGUCCGCUCGCGGACUCCUCGAAAAUCCCGCCCUCUUCGCAGGUUACGCAUCGACCCCCUGGGAAUGCGUAGACGUUUUCAUGAACCAGGUGCUCAAACAACCUAUACCGUUUAAACUCGUAGUGCAUCAUUUGAGCGAAAUGUGCGGCACGGAUCGGUCGCAGAAUGGGGGGAAUAAUGGAUUGUUAGGAAAGGAGGAGCGGAUGAGGUUGAUGGAGUGUAGAGAUAUGGUCGAUGUGAUUGAUUUGAUGGAUGAGGUGAGGGGAUUACGGAGGUUAUAGAUUUACAGGGGGAGUUUAUAUAGAUCGAAAUGAUGGUUGGAUAUUCAAGGUUUUAGAAAGAUUUAUCAUUUUCAAUUUUCUAACAUGUAUUCCAUUCAUUAUAUUCAACAACCACAAAAAAGAAUUGCGGAGUAUCAGCUGAUCUGGCUGAGUUCUUAGAUACAAGAAUAGCUAAAGAGAAAGACGGUAAAUCA